AGAGAGAGAGAGAGAGAGAGAGAGAGAAAAGGGAGAGAGAAGGUGAAUUUGUGUGUUGGAUGGAAAUGGUUAGUUGAUAAUGUUGACUGAAAAAAGAUCAACAGAAGAAUAAGAAGAAGAAGCAAAGAAAAAACGAGAAUGAGUAUGAAUAGUCUAUCUGAUUCUGUGAGAUUUUCAUGAAACAAAUGUCUUCAUCUCCAUCACCAUCUUCAUCCUCAUCUUCAUCAUCAACACCAAAACAUCAAGAUUAACACCAAUACCAACACCAGAAAAAUCAUCUUCAUCAUUACUCGUUCUUCUAAUUAUUAAUUGUGUUGUGAUUCAACUAAUAAGAUUAUUGUGAUCAAAUGUUAAUCAAUCAACGAUUCAUUUCGUUCAAUCUUUUGUUCCCAUACUUUCCAUUGGAAAACGGAAUAUAUUUGUGAUCCAUUGGUGUAAAGAUCUAAUCUACUUCGAUCAUAUUGUUCAUCUCAUUCCAAAUCAAACGAAUCCAUCAUGUCCAGUGGAACCUUUUCUCCUUAUUUGAACCCAACCCUUCAUCAAAUUCAUCAUCAUCAUCAUGAUCAUAUGCAAGUGCCUGUAAGUCAAUCUUAUGGUCGUGAUGGGCCAGCUGAACUUAAGUACAUGGCCGCUGUCCACCAACACCAAGGUCCUAAUGGUCAUGCACCUUUAAGUGCUCAUUCUCACCAGUGGGCAACCAUGGGACUUGCACCUCCUCAUCAUGCAGCUGAGCCAUGGACUGGAAUGCAUUCAUCGUUAGCGGCAGCUCAUCAUCAGGCUUCUGUAGCCGCUGUAUCGGCAGUGUCAUCAACAUCUUCAUCAUCUUCUUCCUCAUCUUCAUCAGAUAUUAAGCCCAAUGGUGCCAAUGUCAACAUUGGUGGCAACAAUAGUGAAAGUAAUAACAGUUCUGGGGGUGGUAGUUCAACUCCAGUGUCAAGUAAUUCAAAUGGACGUGGCUCUGUUGGAGCUGGAAACGUUGGAAGUAACAGUUCAUCCGGAAGUGCUUCGAGUAACAACAAUAGCAAUGGUAAUAAUUCAUCGACAAAUAACAAUGGUUCAGGUCAAAAUUCAUCGAUAUCUAGUGAGCUUCAUUUAAAUGCUUUGCAUGCACAUCACAGGGCUGUGGCUUCUGCAGCCGCAGCUCAGCAUAUGAACGCAUCUCCUUGGCAUCAUACUUCACCUCUUCACGCUUCACCUUCAACUGCAGCAUCGAUUGCAGCUCAUGGAAUGGCUGUGGCUGCCGCCUCAGGCCAUCAUACACCUCAUUCAAAUGGUUCCUCACCUUUGAGUCAUCAUCAUUCACAUGUUCCUUCUCAUCAUCAUCCACAGCAUCAUUACUCUAUGAACGGCAUGUUUGUCCAUGGGGUGGGAAAUGGCCCACAAACGGGUCCAUCUCCUCACCAGGUACUCCAUCCAGCCAUGAGGGGAGACCAUUCAUUGUCCAGCUUAUCUGAUUUAUCGGGACCGAUUGAUCGACCGACCCUUGGUGGCCUACAUCAUCAUCAUCACAUUUCCGAUCAUCCACAUCUUCGUCAUCAUCCUGGAUCCAUUGGAUCCCUCGGAUCAUCAGGAGGCGGAGGACUGGGUGGGGGAGGAUGUGGUGGUGAUGGUUCUGGGGAAGAGGAAACACCAAGUUCUGAUGAUCUUGAACAGUUUGCAAAACAGUUCAAACAGCGACGUAUUAAACUCGGUUUCACUCAGGCCGAUGUUGGCCUUGCCCUUGGGACUUUAUAUGGGAAUGUUUUUAGUCAAACAACAAUAUGUCGAUUUGAAGCGUUACAGUUAAGUUUUAAAAAUAUGUGCAAAUUAAAGCCUCUGUUAGCUAAAUGGUUGGAAGAGGCUGAUUCGACUACAGGGUCACCAACGUCGAUUGAUAAGAUCGCCGCUCAAGGAAGGAAACGGAAGAAACGAACUUCCAUUGAGGUGUCGGUCAAAGGUGCCCUCGAGAAUCAUUUCCAUAAGCAACCCAAACCUUCAGCUCAAGAAAUUUCGAGUUUGGCUGAAAAUCUCCAACUAGAAAAGGAAGUUGUCCGAGUUUGGUUUUGUAAUAGACGACAGAAAGAGAAGCGAAUGACCCCACCCACAGGUCAACUAGGUCAAGACAUGAUGAUGUCUCCUCAUGAUGGACAUGGACUUCAUGAUUCUCCUCCUCUCCAUCACCCCCAUUCACACAGUCCACUCCACUCACCACCAGGCCAUGGGAACGGAGCCAAUAUGACCCAUGGACAAAGUUUAACGGCUCACUGAUCAACUAUUAUUAUAAUUAAUUAAUUAAUUAAUAUUAUUAACUUUUAAAUAAAUGGUAUAAAUGGUAUACACAAACUGAUGAAUUUAAAUACCUAAUCAAUGAGGGCCGUGCUCUCUCUCUCUCUCUCUCUCUUACUUUCAUUUUCUCUUUCUAAUACAACUGAACAUCCCUCAAAGACGAUCUCUCGCUAAUUCGAAGCAAAAGCACAAAAACAAAAUGAAAUCGGAAUCAAAAAGAUUUUUCCUAAUGAAUCUUUUAAUCCUUAUCCUCAUCAGAGAAAUUAAUCUGUCUCCUGAUAAACACAAACCACACACUUGACCAUUCCCUUCAUCUUAUAAUUAUUAUCUCAUCAUUUUCUGUUUACGAUGAACCUCAUCACACAAAACCUUUGUUGAGAUCUAUUCUUUUUCUUCAUCUCCCUCUUUACACAUUGUUCUAUAUUGUCUCUGUCUUUUAUCAUUGUUCCUUCUCUCUCUCUCUCUCUCUCCUCUCUUACCUGUGGCAACCUGAUUGCCUCAAUCUCCACUAUUACGCUUAAUAUGAAAAAACCACAAACAAACAACAGAAACUUAUAUAUAAAUAUAAAUAAACUCCAUUAACGUAAUUUAAUUUACAAUAAUAA